AUGUCCUUCGUUCAAGUUACAUAUGAGUUGAUAGCUUCUUCUUUCAAAGAUACUUCGAAUAGUGCCUGGGUUCUAGCUGGCUAUAAUCUUGGCCAUUGUAUCGCGCUGCCUAUUGUAAGCAAGGCUCAUGCCAAAGUGGAGAAUUGGUGUGGAUCAAAAUGCUAAAUAUACCAAUAGUACGGGAAAAUGAGUAGCUUCUACGGCACUAAGUUUCCUCUGGUAACAGCUUACUGUUUGUUCAGCGUGGGAUGCAUUCUUUCGUAUGUUCUGGCGGUGUUUCAAGACGUGUUUAUACCAGGAAUACUGAUGAGCUUUAGGGGACUGGGAGUGCAUCUGUGGCAAGUCAUCGCUGGAAGAAUCAUCACCGGACUUGGUGGAUCUGGAAUGCUCGCACUCGUCUCUGUAAUAAUCACUGGUAAGACCAGACCUUUUAUUCCACUGUUUCCAUAACUAAAACUUGUAUCAGAAAAUGUUCCACCUAAUCAGGUAGCUCUUAUGAGAAGUUAUGUAAAUGUGGUUAAUGUCAUUGGACGUGCUUUUGGAGGACCAUUAGGGGCUGUUGUAACCGAUGCAUUGGGAUGGCGAUGGUAAGUCUAACUCUUUCCCCUCCUUGUAGACUAUAAUAGCCACCAAUCAUCGAAACCUAUAGGUCGUUCAUUUGUCAAGUACCUAUAGCUCUGACAUGCUGUGCUUUCUGUGUGAUUAUUCUAUCGACAGAUACAAAGUCAGAAGACAACCCUGAGCGGCGAAUCCAGGAACGCAAAAGCGUGAAAGAUAUUGACUACCUAGGAAUCGGGGCUUUUAGUAUCUCAAUUACAAGUUUACUUGCAUCGAUCCAGCUGUUUGGAAAGCAAGGUUCGAACUCAAAAACUGCUUUGGUAUUGUUGGGUGUCGCUGUCUUCUUCGGGCUCGUGCUUCUACUUCUCGAAGCAUUUUACUCCAAGGAGCCAUUGAUUCCUCCGGGUCUCUUGAAAACUGUCACGGGGAUAUACUUUCUUGCACAGAUGAUCCUGGUAUUAGGACGAGAAGCUGUAUUUGAUUUCUGUUUCUUUUUGUUUCCCCGAGAGUUCUGAGCUGAUUUCUACAGCAUGUAUCAACCAUAGCCCCGUACUUUCUGUGGACUGAAGACCUCAAAUCGACAGCUGCUGCUUUACGUCUCAUCCCUUCACCCAUUGGUUUUACCAUCGGGUCUCUCCUCUCUGGUUACAUUAUUCAAAGGUAAAUCCAGUCUUUCUCCAGUCUUAAUACUUGUACUUAAAUUAGAUCCAGGACCAGCAAAUACAAAACUCUCUGUAUGGCUUCACUUGUGUUUACGUCCAUGGUGUACCUGGUCAUUGCUCUAAGGUGGGGCUAUCAGCCAUACCGAUGGGAGAACUUUUAUAUUCUACCAGCUGGAAUGGGAAUGGGUGCAAUUCUUACCUGCACAUUCGUCGGAAUGACCAUGAGUACCCCGAAAUCGAUGCAUGCCACAGCGAUUUGCAUUUACUUUCUCUGUCAGCAAGUAGGUGGAAUCAUUGGGACUGCAGCGGCCUCUGUCACACUCCGUACGAUUUUGAAUAAGACCCUUCAAGAUUGGCUGAAUAGCAUACCUCGGAAACAAGACGUAAGUAAUUUGAACCGCGGAAGCAUCACAAAGUGAAGGCUUAAUUUGACAUGACCUGCAGGUGAUACGAGAGAUUCUCAAUGGAUCUGGGUCCUUAAGUGUCCCUGAGACACUCCGAAAGGUUGUUCACUUCGCUUAUCGCCAUAGCUUCCAAUUUGUUGCAAGUAAGUAAUUUUCCAUGUAAGAAGAAGAUAGUAAACCCUUACAAACUUUAUUUAGUUAUUCCCUCUCUCGCAACAGCUCUUGUUUUACCUCUAUUGUAUUUAACACCAGAAGUCAAAAUAGAUUGA